ACGGUCAUGGAGGACGUGUAAUCGCUACAUUGCCAAGGCUAGCUUUUUUUUUGUUUUAACAUACACAGGCUAGCUUUAAAAUCGUCUAGAGUUUGCCGAAGAAAUUAUUAGACGUAAUUCUUAAAAAAAAAAUCAGAAACGAAAUGAAUAUUGUCAACAAAGCGAAAGGGACCGCGAUGGCCAGCUUAUUAUUCGCUCAAAAUGGAGUCGUGGAGGGCUCCGUGCUCAGGGCCCCAACCAUCGACUCACACAACGGGAUUGUAAGCACUAAUAUCACUGCGAAACAGCGACCGACUUCACUCGUGGUAAACCCGAAAAACAGAAAUGGCUAUGCAACAAAAACUACUACCCUGCGGGAGGGAAGCAGCGACAUUGAAGACGGAUCUUUGCCGUGCUCGCCGGAGCUGCAGUCAGACAGCGACCCCGACGUCUCUGGAUGCCCUGCAGAAGACGAAGCGCUGGAAAUUGACACCAGGCAACUCAUUAAACAUUUCCUCAGAGACUAUACCGGACUUUCAAAACCAAGGUGGAGUGAAAGCAAGCCUCUGUCCACAAUGAAAAGAGUCGUGGAAGAUGUAUUGGAGAAACACAGAUAUGCAUAUAAUGGUAUGAUAAACAAACUGUCACUGGAUGACAGGGACGAUGACAUGAGGUUCGUGAGUGCUGUAGCCACUAGCCUCUUCGCAGACAGGACCACCAACUGGGGCAGGGUUGCCAGCCUGGUGGCCUUCGGGGCCGUCGUAUGUCAGUACUUGAAGGAGAAGGGCAGGGAGAACUGUGUGGAGCUGGUUGCAGAGGAGAUCUCCAUGUAUCUGCUGACUGAUCAGAGGGAUUGGUUAAUCAAAAACAAUGCCUGGGAUGGCUUUGUAGAAUUCUUUCGGGUAGCAGACCCAGAGUCUACAGUGAGGAACACACUCAUGGCCUUUGCCGGAUUUGCUGGUAUCGGGGCAACGUUGGCCCUGUUGAUCAGGUGAAUAAGUUGGACUCAAGACCUUUUUUUCCUUUUUAAAACGUGAACAAGACAUAAGUGGACAAUAUCUUUUGCGUUCUUCACGUCUUGUCUGGACUAAGGAGAGUACACCAGGGGUUCCUUUUUUUUUUUUUUUUUUUUUUUCCCCAGCCUCCCUCCUUCCAAGUUCUAAAUGCUAAAUGGAAAGACUUUGCUUUAAAUAACAAACUCCUUACACGAUUAAGUUCUAUUUAAAUUACAAAGAAAUUUUAUUUUUCUAUUGUUAAAUGUAAAAUAAAUGCUUUAGGGUAGUAAUGGUUAUGGGGGAACUAUCUCUCAUUUGUAGCUUAAUGUUCGGCUGAUUAUGUUUACAUGUUGAUCUAACUAUAUAUCAUACCUUUCUGGAUGGAGGAGGGGGGUGGAGGCUGCAUUUUGUCCCCAUUAUCAAGCAGUAAUGACACCCAUUCACAAUCCUUUAGUGGAGGCUUUGUAUGGACACUAGAGGACUGGUGUGGAUUUGCAUCUGUGUAGCCCUACUUCCUCAUUAUGGAAAUGUUGGAUCUGCGCUGGGGGAAACAGGAACAAGAACAUAACAGGACGUUUCGCUUAUCAGCAGCCUGGAAAGUUUGAGUCUGGAAGAGGGGACUGAAUGGAAAUAUGAUGCAGAUGGUCUUGGUCUCAGAGAGCUGUACUAACCGCUAACAAUGAUACUGGUAUGAGACUGCAGACAAUGAUGAUAGUUCAGAUCCAGAUGUAAGCUAAGAUAUCCUGAGUUUUAGUUAAUAAAAGAAUGCGCAGUUCAUUUUUGAUUGA